AGGUCCCAGGUUGUUACAGUAUGGCGGAGCAGACACUGACAGCUAACAGCGGGGCUGUGCAGAGAGUGUUGUCUGUUGCUGGUGUGCACAGUCUGGCCAGCAGCCUGUGGAGGUACGUGGACAACACAAUAAGGUGGUGCUGGGUCCCCAGCUGGCUGCCGUCAUGGUGUCCCACCUCUCAGAGCCAUCUUCAGGCUGCAGAAGACAAGAUGCUGCGAUGUAUCAGGGCUGAUUUUACCAAACAGUUCAUCCGCAUCAGUAAUGGCAGCCACCUAUGGACGCUGACCUUCUGCAGUGACAGUGUGAAAGAUAAAACUCCUAUGGUUCUGCUGCAUGGAUUCGGGUGUGGUGUGGGCCUUUGGGUCCAGAACCUGGAAGCUCUUUCUCAGCAUCGCCCUGUGUUUGCUCUGGACCUGCUGGGCUUCGGGCAGAGCACCAGACCUCUGUUUUCCACAGACCCUCGGGAGGCAGAGAGCCUGUUUGUGGAGUCCAUUGAACAGUGGAGGGCCAAAGUGGGCCUCGAGUCCAUGAUCCUGUUGGGCCACAACCUGGGAGGCUUCCUGGCUGCUUCCUAUUCUAUUAAAUAUCCAGGAAGAGUGAAACACAUCAUACUAGUGGAGCCCUGGGGUUUCCCUGAGUGUCAGGACACAGUGGAAGCUGACCGCCCCAUCCCAGUGUGGAUCAAAGCCCUUGGUGCUAUGUUCAGUCCCUUCAACCCCUUGGCUGGCCUGAGACUGGUAGGACCUCUGGGCCCCGUUGUGGUUCAGACCCUGAGGCCUGAUUUCAAGAGGAAGUUCUCUUCUAUUUUCACAGACAACACUGUGCCAAAGUACAUCUAUCACCUCAAUGUGCAAUCCCCAAGUGGAGAAACAGCUUUUAAGAAUAUGACCGGUUCCUGUGGCUGGGCAAAGAGGCCGAUGCUACAGAGGAUGGACCAGCUGCAGUCAGACAUCCCCAUCACCAUCAUCUACGGCUCACGCUCAAGCAUAGACAGCAACUCGGGCAGCACCAUCCAAGAGAUGAGGCCAAACUCUUAUGUAGACAUUAUAACAAUACGUGGAGCGGGACACUACGUAUACGCCGACCAGCCUGAAGACUUCAACCACAAAGUUUUACAAGCGUGUGAGAAGGUGGACUGAAUGCAGAGAUGAGCUCAGUGUUUAAACUCAGGGACAGACAGAGCACAACUACCUGACAUCACUUUAUCUGCUGCUGUGGAACCUCAGGAUCCAACCAUCCCAAAGAAACUACUGAAGGAACGUGCGCAGAUGAAAACAUUAAGAACUGUGAGUUGAUCAGAGUGUGACUCAGCACGAGGACAUCUGGACAGUGACUCAGCUGUAUUGUCAAAAGCCUGACUGAAAACAGGCUCAGAGCUGACAUCAUGGAUCAGUAAAUUCUGCUCAGCAGCAGAUUUAUCAAACGUUCUCCUGGAGCCUGCAAAGCAGUAGAGUGGGGCGAUUGGAUGAAUACA